UUCUGGUCCAACUGAAGAGCUCAAGAUGUAUCUCACGCACGUCGUGUUUGCUAGCCUUGUUGCGGCCGCAAUCGCCGUGGAGAUUGCUUCCCCAACCUUGAAAAGUGAAACACAUACGGACGCAUGGAGGACAGUGAGUCAGGAUGAAACCUUUUAUCUGAUUUACCGCUCCUACGAGUAUGAUGCUGGCACCGGAGGCACCGGGAAAUGUGUCAGCGUGAAAUUAUGCGACAAAAAUGACACAACCAGGACUGCUACGAGCAGACUUAUGUACAGGGAUGCUCAGACGACACAAUGGAAAGGAUUUACUGCGCGUGUCACGAUGGCUCGUUCGCAGAACAGCACAGUCGAUGACAUCAUCCGACUUGGCGAUGCAGAUAACUGGGACGCAUCCGCUAAUGCAGUGACAGCUGAAUAUCAGCUCAUUUAUUCGGACUACUCAAGCUGCGACGUGAUGGUUGCCCUUGGAACACAGGAACCGAGUUGUGAACUGUGGAUCAAAGAUGGCAAACAAAACAUUGAAGACAACAAUGAAGUCAAAUCAAGGGACGGUGACAGAGAUAAUAUCAAGAAUAGCAUAACCAAAUGCAAAGAAGAAUACGACAAUCUAUGCAAAGUGAAAUACCAAAUCUACGACAGAGAUACAUGCAGUUUACCCAAUGAAAUGGCCGCACGAGGGGGGCACUGUUGA